CGUCACCACUCUCUCUGGAAGGAGGCGGGCUUGCUCUGGCAUUCCUGACGUCGUCCGUCAUGACGCCGCACGGGAUUGGUGGAGGAAUACGGUCUGAGCUCAUUCUCCGUCCCUAUUGGCCACUGCGGGUGUCAGCCACAUUCCCCUCCACUCUGUGGCGGAUUACUAUGGAAGAAGGUGGAAAACAGUGAAAUAAUCCGAUGGGCCGCCAUCUUGCCUUUGCUGGUUGAAGCAGGGACGGACUGGAAGUUAGGACGGAGCCCGGAACGUGACCCCGGCGGGGAGGAACAAGCCGCGGAUGUUUAUUUGGAUAACUUACCGCCCCACACUGAGGAAGAUCUGCGCGGUUGUGUGUGUGUGUGUGUGUGUGUGCGGUUUGUGGUUUUCCAGUUUGGAAACCCGCUCUCAUCAAAUCAGUUCGACUGCUAGCUAGCUAGCUAGUUAGCCGCGGAGCUAACGGCUAGCCGGGCCAGCUAGCUGUCCGAUGACCGAGCUGUGGUCGUCAGCGGCGGAUUGAAGGCUCGGGAACAUUGGGUCUGUUUCCCCGGACCUCCCGGAGGAUUCUUGUACACGCUAACAUGCGAACACUUGACCUUUUAGUUUGGAGACUAAGCGGAGAGUGUCUGUGAAUGAGAGGGGGGAUCUGGAGCGGCUUUAACACGAUAAUCCUGCUGCGGCAAUCAGUGCAGAUCGAUGGGGAAUGUCCUCUCGGGAUCAGGCUGUUUAUCGGACUGAAAGUCUCUGUUUUUACUCAGAUAUCGGCCUGCUCAGCUGGGUUUGAUCCCGAGGAAGAGAGCUAUAACUCGGGUGUAUCUCUGCCCGGGCCUGUCCUCACAUAAACGGGUUAAAUGUGUCAUAUUUUCACACUGUGAACCGUAACAACACUACAUAUACGGACCGGGACAUCCGGGACAUGACGGUGUCUGCCAUCAGAAGCAAAGCUACUUUAAUCCGGGUUCUUUUCACGUUCACGGGAUUAUAAAAAACAUUAUUAAGAAUUUGUGUGUUUGGAUCCACGAUGGGAUCAGCCACCAAACUGGCCUUCAGUGUUUUCCUCAUCUCCUGCUCCUCAGGUGCCAUCCUGGGACGCUCAGACACUCAGGAGUGCAUCCACUACAACUACAGCCCUGUGUCCUCUGGGUCCUCGGGGGGGUCCUCGCUGUCUUCGGGGGGGUCUGAGAGCCGGGGGAACCUGAGCGGCGUGGUCACCUGCUCCGGAGAGAAGGAUAAGAGGCUCCACUGCUUCGCUACGUGGAAGAACAUGUCGGGAGAAGUCAGGGUGGUCAAACAGGGCUGCUGGCUGGACGACCCCGACUGUUACAACCGGACUGAGUGUGUGGAGAGGAAGGAUGCCCCUGAGGUCUUCUUCUGCUGCUGUGAGGGCAGUCUGUGUAACAGCCAGUUCUUCUACCGGCCUGCCAGCAGCCAGCCUCCCGUUCACACGACGACCAAGCCGGUGGCGCCCCAGCCGACGGUGCUGAGCACGCUGAUGAUCUCGCUGGUUCCCAUCAUGGCCAUCAGCCUCGUCUUCCUCUUCUCCUUCUGGAUGUACCGACACCACAAACUGGCCUAUCCUCCGGUCCUGGUACCUACUCAGCACGCCUUUCAUAUAAUGAUCGAGGACCCUGGCCCCCUGCCCCCCUCCCCCCUGCUGGGACAGAAGCCUCUGCAGUUACUGGAGGUCAAAGCCAGGGGGCGCUUCGGCUGUGUGUGGAAGGCUCGGCUGCUCAGCGAAUACGUCGCCGUCAAAAUCUUCCCCCUGCAGAACAAGCAUUCGUGGCAGAACGAGUACGAGAUGUUCUGUGUGAGCGGGAUGAGACACGAGAACCUGCUGCAGUUCAUCGGAGGAGAGAAAAGAGGAAGUGACACAGAGCUGGAGCUGUGGCUCAUCACUGCCUACCAUGAGAAGGGGUCUCUGUGUGACUACCUGAAGGCCAACGUCCUCUCGUGGUCUGAACUCUGUCUCAUCGCUCAGUCCAUGUCCCGAGGUCUGGCCUACCUGCACCAGGACAUCCCUGGACACAAGGACGGACACAAGCCUGCCAUCGCACACAGGGACUUUAAGAGUAAGAAUGUGCUGCUGAAGUCGAACCUGACCGCCUGCAUCGCUGACUUCGGCCUCGCUCUCCGGUUCGAGGCGGGAACAUCUCCCGGAGACACACACGGACAGGUGGGGACCAGGCGCUACAUGGCCCCAGAGGUCCUGGAGGGGGCCAUCAGCUUCCAGAGAGACUCCUUCCUGAGGAUAGACAUGUACGCUGUGGGGCUGGUGCUGUGGGAGCUCGCCUCCCGCUGCAAGGCUGCCGACGGUCCGUUGGAUGAGUACAUGCUGCCCUAUGAGGAGGAGGUGGGACAGCAUCCGUCUCUGGAGGACAUGCAGGAAGUCGUCGUCCACAAGAAGCUGAGACCAACGCUCAGAGAGUGCUGGCAGAAACACACGGGUCUAGCUGCUCUCUGUGAGACGAUGGAGGAAUGCUGGGACGGUGAGGCCGAGGCUCGGCUGUCGGCCGGCUGCGUGGAGGAGCGCGUCGUGCAGAUGCAGCGGCAGACGAGCGUCACGGCGCCCGAGGACAUCGUCACGGUGGUCACCAUGGUAACCAACGUGGACUACCCUCCCAAAGAGUCGAGCCUAUGACGAGACGGAGCGGGGACUCAGGUGAAUCUGAGGAGUAUUUACAGUUUACAGCCGCCAUGUUAGCGGACUGUCUCUCUGCUCAGGCUCAACACCUUUAACAUACCCAGGGUGGGAUCACUUUGGCUCAAAUCUGCCGAAAAUCCUGCAGAAGAACUGCCGAAAAUCUGCCGAAAACUUGCUGUCCGCCCUGCUGAUGACGACGCAGGAUGGACAGCCAGAUCCUGUUUUAUACUACAAAAUAAAAGACUUCCUGGACAGAGUUUUUCUACGAUAAUGUGACGAUAGAUUUGAGUGUAGUGUUGUUGUCGCCUGCUGUGUUUCUCUGAGCGAUGUGAUGCCAAUAAGAAACAGCUGCUGAAUGUGUGUAUCAUACAGAGGAUUAUAUAUGAAUACAUAUAUUUAGUUUGUCCCCCGAGAGUCUACCAAUCAGCUCAUUGAUCCAGACACAGAACGUCCUGGAAAACGUCCACAGGGAGAAUGAAGUCAGAGAGAUAACGGGAAAUAAAACAAGUUCAUAAUGUUGGAAACAAACAUUAAUAACGAGACGAAAGAUUCUUCAGAUUUCAAAC